AUGGCAACUCAAUCACCUAGAACUCGAACUUUGAUAUUGGGAUGUGAUUUUUCAACAUUUCACAUUUAUUGGAGAUAUUUUGCUCAAGCACAAGAUCGCGAAGUUGUUGGAUUUGUCUAUUGCGAAGAUGGUGAACCUCCGAUUCGACAUUUUAAAGGAAUCUACAAACAUCCUCACUCAAUAUAUUCUCUAAGGAGUUUAGAACGAACUAUUGUUGAAAAAAGAAUCCAAACUUGCGUCAUUCAAGCGCAAAAUAUUCCAAUGCCAGUUGUUCAGUCUCUUAUCAACAGAAUUCUUUCAACCGGUACAUGUGGAUUUGAGUUCUUACCGAAAGCAUCUCUUGUAGUUAAAUCUUUUAAACCUGUAAUUACUUUAACUUCUCUUGCACCAAAAUUAGGCAAAACGCAAGUUGGCUUAUACUUCUGCUCAUUACUAAAGAAAAAUUAUGACAGAGUUGCUAUCAUUUACCCAUUACAUCGAUUCCAAGUCAAAGAUGAUGUAUUUUACAUCGAAAAAUCACCUCAUUACGAGUUUAAUCAAGAUGAUGUGAUCGAACCAGGCUUAUUUACACCAGAAGAAGAGACUCAAAUUAAGAAUUACCAAGCUUGUGGCGCAUAUAAAAUUUUUGUUACAGCAGAUUACAGAAAAUCCGUAAUAUGCGCCGAGCAAUGUGCAAAUAUUAUUGUUUUCGAUGCGAGCGCAUGCGAAAUUCCUUAUAUUAACGCUGAUGCAGAAUUUUGUGUUGUUUCAGCCGAAACUCUUGAUAAUGUUCGUUCGAAAUCUCUUUGGCCAGGCAUAGUUAACGUCAUGGUCAGUGAAAAUAUUAUUGUUCUUGAGAGAGGAUCGAAAGAACUGCCAAGACAAGUGAAAAUUUCAAUUGAUAACAUUCUCAAAGAGCAUACUGUUAUGUAUGCAUUAUCGCAAGCAGUCAUUGAUGAUCCUCAUGCUCAAGAAAUGGCAAAUCGAUCAGUUUUAGUUAUUGAUCCUGAAAAUGUCGAAAACGGACCACAAAUUGCUAGCAAAUACGGCGCAAUACAAAUACAAAGAUCUACGUCACCAUUAUACCCAUUAAAUAUGCAAACAGAUGAAAGUUUGAACUCAAUCGUAAAUACAAUCAAUAGCAGCAACGCAGACGUCAUAUUAGUAACAAUUAAUCAAUCUAUUCCGAAUAUUGAUAACAAGAAAACAAUUUUAUACACUUCCCUCGAACUUAAUUUCAUAAAUGACUCAUUACGUAAAUACAUCAACAAAUUCUUCAACAACCAACUAUCUCCACCUCUCAAAGACCACUUUGAGGCCCAGGUUGAUAUCAUUAUGGCCUUAUCUCAAGCAUCAGAAAAAGAAUUGUUUGUUCUCAACAACGAUAGCGCAAACAGAGAGGCAUUUGUCCGACUAUUUUUACGAUCCCACCUUCCUACUGGCUUUCGAGUCACUACCGGCGAAAUUAUUGAUUGUUCGAUGAAUCAAACCGGCCAACUCGACGUAAUCAUCGUUAACGAUGCCUGCCCGAGAUUUACUAUUGAUGGAACCGAUACAGUUAUCUCUCCUGUCCCAGCAGAUUCUGUUUUAGGCGUAAUUGAGGUUAAAACAACGCUAACUCAAGAAUCUUUAAAGAAAGCCUUGAGCCAAAUGAGGCCAGUAAAGGCUCUGAUGCCUUCCCAUGCUACUUUGCAGCUUGCUGACGGUCAUAUUGUCGAAGAUCCUCUAAAAGGCAAAAUUAUUACCGGAAUUUUCAGUUUCGCGCCAUCUACGGACAUUGAGGAGAAGAUUCCUUCAAUUUUGAAGAUGUAUCCGAAAUGUGCAGAUUUUAUCGUAUUACCGAACAAUUUCUGUUUCUUUUCGGAGGAAACUCUUAAAGUCUGUGGCAUGUCCAUUGGCGAACAUGACGUUAUUAACGGCUACGCGAAGUUUACUGCGAAAGGUAUGGGAUUAGCUCUUAUUUUCGGAAUUUUGAAUGCCUUGGCCGCAACGAGGAGGUUUUCUGGCCUCCACUGUAUUAAGUAUUUGAGCGGAAACUGGGGUGGCCGAAAAGAUCUCAUCGAAAGGAACAUGAUGGAGCAAAGGGAUAAGAUGAGGCACCUUGGAAAGUACGUAAUCAAACUUAAUCCCGGCGAAAAAGAGGCUUUCUUCAGACAAAGAUCAAAUUUGAUGAAUAGAGUUAACGAAAUCAAUCAAAUAAUACAAGGUUCAACAUUAGUAAGUGAACCAGAGGACAAAGGAACAGAGUAA